AUGCUACCUACAUCAGAAAACUGCGCCUUACCCCUGGCAGCUAUCAUGGCCGUGUUGACCUGUGUGUUGCUCCAGGGGGCCCAGGCGGGAGUGGUAGCGGACUUCAACCAUGUGGAGCGGUGUAAGGACUCUCUGUACAUGGGCACUCCACCUCGAGGCUACCUCAGCAACUCCUUUAUGAAGAUCUGCCAGAGAUACGAGGAUAAACCGCGCUAUGUCACACUGUAUGACCCACACAAACACAUCCCCAUUUAUUCUGCAUAUACAUUCAAGAAGUCCGAUGGGGAGAAGAAGGUGGACUUCCCGUGGAUGUUUGAGCCCCAGCUGGCCUCAGAAAAGAGCAGCAGUAACAUGGAGCCCUUUCCCCAAUCUUCAAACAUGCACAUGAACUUCGAGGACACCCAGGCAGUCCUGGAGGACUAUGCUGACGUGGUUCCAUAUGAACGUGGCCAGCUAAACCCUGACGAACAUCAGGCUGACCCUCUGGACAAAGCCUCUACCUACAGCUUGACAAAUGUGGUGCCUCAGUUCAGAGAGUUCAACAUGGGUCCCUGGGCAGAACACCAGGAUCUCAUCCGCAAACGUCUCAACAAUUACUGCCGUGGCAAAGCCUUUGUGGUCACUGGGGUCACCACCUCCGGGCAUACGAUCCGUCGUAACAACUUGGACCGGGUGGCUGUGCCUGAGUACAUGUGGUCGGCCUACUGCUGCACCGAGUUUGAUCAAAAUGCACCGUAUUUUGUGCGCUACAAAUUCCCUGUGUUUGCAGCUUAUGGGCUGAACGAUCGGGUCAACAACCACAUGGUGGAAGUUCCUCUCAAGAACCUGGAGAAGUUUCUUAAGGGGAGGAUGGAUGUGGAUAAGAACUUCCAGAUAUUCUAUAGUGACUGUGUGCCAGAUAACUGA